AUGUCGGAUUUAGACAGUGAAUAUCCAAGAGCCGAAAGUGGAAGACCGUUUCUACCAGAAGAAGAAAAAGAAUUUGUAAAACUCUUCAAUAAACAAAAAAUCAGACCUAGAACAGCUAUUUUAACAGUGUGGUUUGACUAUCCCAAAAACAUGUUCUUCCAACCGAUACCAGCUAAAGAUAAAAUCACUUUCACGAAUACAGAAGAAAUAGUGAAAGUCGAUGGACGAAUAAUUAGAAUAUUAGAUGGUAUAGUUUACGAAGAAAAUUUUAAAACUCCACCCUAUAGAGAUUAUAUUUUAAUUUUGAGAGAUUUAAGAAAUAAAUAUAAACGAGAAGGUAAUAUCGUGGGUAGUAAUUGCAUGAAAUUAUUAGGUAAUUCCUUGUAUGGUAAAUCAAUUCAGAAAGAUAUAUUCACAACUAGACAUUUAUGGAAUGAAGCAACUUUACAGGCCAACUUUGAUUCACGCGUUAAAACCUAUGAGAAAAUUAAUGAUUUACUCAAUAUAUUGUGA